GAGCUCCGCAAGGAAGUUGCCUGAGGCGAGCAGGGACCCCCAAAAGAGGCUUGUGUCACCCCUCCUCAUCUCCGCUGGGGAAGAUCUCAGGCUCCACUGAAGAUGUUACUUGCGGAUUACAGUCUCAACUCCCGAAACAGAUUUUCUACGACAUAACGGCCAUAUUACUGUUCUACCUAUCUCCGUCACGCUGUCUUUUUUUGGAAUAUGACUUGCUCAUUGGGGUCGCUCACCCUUCCUACAUUGACCAAUAGGAAGGCUUUACUCCUCAAUAUCCCUUAAAAAUACCCCUCAAUUGUGAUUGGUCUACUGGAUUACUUUACCCUGAAGCCUGUUUUUAGACCACCUGGGCUUUUUGUUUGCCAACCGAUCAUGGAAUCGCAGUGCUACCCAACGUUGUACACACAGUGCCCUGCUGUCCUCUUUCUGUUGGUUGCUACUUCCUACACCUGGGUUCUGCCCCUUGCCUCCCCUCAGCGGAUUCCCACUGACCCCCAAGCAGCACCAGAGUACGCUCACUCCAUCCGAUUGGAUGGGGAUAUCAUCCUUGGCGGAUUAUUUCCAGUGCAUUCACGGGGGGACCGCGGCACACCCUGCGGGGAGCUGAAAAAGGAGAAAGGCAUCCAUCGUUUGGAGGCCAUGAUGUUCGCUAUUGAUCUGAUCAACAAGGACCCCGAGCUGCUGCCCAACAUCACGCUGGGGGCCCGGAUCCUGGAUACCUGCUCCAGGGAUACCUAUGCUCUGGAACAGUCCCUGACGUUUGUGCAGGCGUUAAUCGAGAGGGAUGGCUCUGAUGUCCGCUGCGCUAACGGAGACCCUCCUAUCUUCACCAAGCCGGAUAAAAUUGUUGGGGUGAUCGGGGCGGCGGCGAGCUCCGUGUCUAUCAUGGUGGCCAACAUCCUGCGCCUGUUUAAGAUCCCCCAGAUCAGCUACGCUUCCACGGCCCCAGAGCUGAGUGACAACACUCGCUAUGACUUCUUCUCCCGCGUGGUGCCACCAGACUCCUACCAGGCCCAGGCCAUGAUGGAUAUCGUCACGGCAAUGGAGUGGAACUAUGUGUCCACCCUGGCCUCAGAGGGAAACUAUGGCGAGAGUGGCGUCGAGGCCUUUGUCCAGAUCUCCAGAGAAACCGGGGGUGUGUGCAUUGCCCAGUCCUUGAAGAUCCCUCGGGAGCCGAGGCCCGGGGAGUUUGACAAGAUCAUCAGACGCCUGCUAGAGACCUCUAACGCCAGAGCCAUCAUCAUGUUCGCUAAUGAGGACGACAUACGACGGGUUCUGGACGCAGCCAAACGGAACAACCAGACGGGUCACUUCUUGUGGGUGGGAUCAGACAGCUGGGGGUCCAAAAUCUCUCCUGUGAUUGGACAAGAAAGAGUGGCUGAAGGAGCCAUCACCAUUCUUCCCAAGCGAGCAUCUGUGGAUGCGUUUGACCGAUAUUUCCGUAGCCGCUCGCUGUCCAACAAUAGGAGGAAUGUGUGGUUUGCUGAGUUUUGGGAGGAGAAUUUCAACUGUAAGCUGGGGAUGCACGGAAAGCGACCUGGUAGCCUCAAGAAAUGUACAGGUUUAGAAAAAGUUGGUCGUGAUUCCAGCUAUGAACAGGAGGGGAAGGUCCAGUUUGUGAUGGAUGCAGUGUAUGCCAUGGCCCAUGCUUUGCAUCGCAUGCACAGGGAGCUCUGCUAUGGGUACCCAGGCCUUUGCCCGCGUAUGGCCAACAGCAUUGAUGGCAAAGAGCUGCUCAGCCACAUUCGUGCUGUCAACUUCAACGGAAGUGCCGGCACUCCGGUGGUGUUCAAUGAGAACGGUGAUGCUCCGGGAAGAUAUGAUAUUUUCCAGUACCAGACCACCAACAGAUCUACUGCCGAGUACAGAGCCAUUGGCUCUUGGACCAACAAACUCCACCUAAAAGUUGAGGCAAUGCGUUGGAGAACAGGGAAUCCAUCUGUGCCAGCGUCUGUCUGCAGCGUGCCAUGCCGCACAGGUGAAAGAAAGAAAGUGGUCAAAGGUGUACCGUGCUGCUGGCACUGUGAGCGCUGUGAGGGAUACCACUACCAGGCUUCAGAGUUCACCUGUGAGCUUUGCCCGUACGAGAUGCGACCUGACGCCAACCGCAGCGGCUGCGUUCCCAUCCCGAUCAUUAAACUGGAGUGGCACUCCCCCUGGGCCGUCGUCCCCGUCUUCAUCGCCAUGCUGGGAAUCAUCGCCACCUCUUUUGUCAUCGUCACCUUCGUGCGGUACAACGACACGCCCAUUGUGCGGGCGUCAGGCCGGGAGAUGAGCUACGUGUUGCUCACGGGGAUCUUCCUGUGUUACGCCAUCACGUUCCUGAUGAUCGCCACACCGGACAUCGGCGUCUGCUCGUUGAGGAGGAUUUUCUUGGGUUUGGGGAUGUGCUUCAGCUACGCCGCCUUACUCACCAAGACCAACAGGAUACAUCGCAUCUUUGAACAAGGGAAGAAAUCUGUGACAGCUCCCAGGUUCAUAUCUCCCACCUCCCAGCUGGUCAUCACCUUCUCCCUCAUCUCUGUUCAGCUGCUGGGUGUUUUUGUCUGGUUUGCGGUGGACCCACCCCACACUGUGGUGGACUAUGGCGAGCAGAGGACCCAGGACCCAAUGGCGGCACGAGGCGUCCUCAAGUGCGAUAUCUCGGACCUGUCCCUCAUCUGUUCCCUGGGCUAUUCCAUCCUGCUGAUGGUGACGUGCACGGUUUACGCCAUCAAGACGCGAGGCGUGCCGGAAACCUUCAAUGAGGCCAAGCCCAUCGGGUUCACCAUGUACACCACCUGCAUCAUCUGGCUGGCCUUCAUACCCAUCUUCUUUGGCACGUCGCAGUCCGCAGAAAGGAUGUAUAUUCAGACCACCACCCUGACGAUCUCUCUCAGUCUGUCUGCCUCGGUCUCUCUCGGGAUGCUCUACAUGCCCAAAGUCUACAUCAUCCUCUUCCAUCCUGAGCAGAACAUUCCCAAACGGAAGCGCAGCUUCAAGGCCAUUGUGACAGCUGCCACCAUGUCGGGGAAACUGACCCAGAAAGGAGACCGACCCAACGGAGAGGUCAAGACUGAACUGUGUGAGAGCAUGGAGACCAACACUUCAUCAACUAAGACGACAUACGUCAGCUACAGCAAUCAUGCCAUCUGAGGGGACCGGACAAGGCGGAGAAGGGCAUUGAACAGGAGAGGGGGCGUGUCACGGGGGGCAGGGCCUAGUGAAAGAGAAGAAACGGUCACUCUCAGCCGACUGGCUGAAGGGCUGGUGGACAGACGGAGAGCAGCCAAUGGAAACCAAGCAUGAGACAUUUUGUAUUGUUCCGCAUCAAACCACAGAGGUGGAACCACAUAAACAGCCAAUCAGUGUGCCUGCUUUCCUGCUGCUCAUUGGUCCUAUAACAUGAACUUUUUCCUGUUUCCAGAAACAAAACAAAAAUAAAAAGAGGCAACGUGCAAAAGGUGACAUACCAUAGGACGCUGUGGUGGACAGAGCAACUAUUGACAUAUAAAAAAAGAAAUAAAAAAAAGCAAAAAUUAAUAAAAUAAAAUAAAAUAAAAUUUAAAAAAAUCAUGUAGACAUUCUAUCAAAGGUGGGGGCUGGGAAAGAGAUUUAACAUUUUAAAAGAUAUUUAACAAAAGAGAGAAAAUCUAUGAGACUCAAACCUGUUUGUUGUUCUUCUCUACUUGUAAGUAUUUUUGUGGUUGUGAUGAUUUUUUCAUUCUUGUCCCACUGUUGUCCAAUGGAUCGCUCUUGCAUAAUGAGAUGAGUGUGUUUCCUCCUGCUGUCUUGGCUAACUGGAUUGUAGCCUCUGUUUGUGAUCCUGUAAACGCCAUGGUUGAAGCAUGCCGGUUUUUAUACAAAACAAAAUAAAAAAGAUUUAUUUAUAAUAAAGGAAUGUUUUUGCAAAUGUG